AUGUCUUGCACUACUAAAACGACCGAAAACACUCACGUUAAGAACAAGCAAAAAGACUUGCAAGAAGCCACCUCGUCCAAAGACGAGCAGCAAGUGCUAGAAAAGGUGAAAACCCUUGACAAUGUGUGCACGUUCACCAAGUGCAAGAACAAAACAAAUCUCAUUGCCAUUGACUGCAAGUUCUGCAAAGGGCGAUUCUGUACUAGCCAUGGAUUGCCGGAGAUCCAUGGGUGUGGGGAAGCGGUGAGGCGCGAAGAACGAAGAGAAUACAUGCAUCCCGACCCGAAGUUAUCGCAUGACAAGCACGAACAGGCCCAAACAAAGCUCAACAUGAAACUGCGCCAAAUGCAGCUGGAGCGGAAGUCCAAACAGGGCUUCCAGGACAAAGGAAAAAAAAAGAAAUAA